GUCACCAGAAUUGAACUUUUUCUAAUGGCUGUUUUUUUCCGUACAAAAUAAUGAAUUAUGUGAAGCAUGGACCCUUACUCGAACAUACAUUAAAAAUGGGAACAUAGAGCAGGGUUGGACAUAUUGCAAAACAAGUGCAGAUAGGAAAUCAAUUUGUUCUGAUUUGCAGGCGAAUUGAAAAUGGCCGCUUCAGAAGCAGUGCUCCCUCAGAUAGCCUUAAUUGGUGCCGGAAUCUUUGCUCGCACAACAUACAUUAAAAAUCUAAGGCAAAUAACUGACCGUGUGACACUAAAAGCAAUUUGGGAUCUUACUGAGGAAGCAUCAAGAGCUCUUGUGGAGCUUGCUCGUGAUUUUGCACCGCAAGUUGAGUGUAAAUGGGGUGAGGAAGGCCUUAAUGAUAUCAUGAGUGAUGACUUGAUCAUUGGAGUUGCAGUCGUUGUUUCCGGUCAAGCUCUGGUGGAUGUUUCAUUGAGGAUGAUUAAGGCAGGAAAGCAUGUGCUUCAAGAGAAACCUGCUGCUUUAACUGUCAGUCAAGGAGAUUGUGCACUGUCAACCUACAAUUCCAUUCGCAACAAUUCUCCUUAUCCAAUCUGGGCAAUUGCUGAAAACUAUCGUUUCGAACCGGCUUUUGUUGAGGCAAAAAAGUUGAUGAAGGAUGUUGGUGAUGUGUUGAAUAUCAAGGUCACCGUUGAAGGAUACUUGAGCAGUUCAAAUCGUUUCUUUUCAAGUGGUUGGCGACGAAAUUUAUCUUCAGGUUUUCUUUUGGAUAUGGCUGUACACUACAUUGCAGGCCUAAGGAUGAUUAUUGAUAGUGAGAUAAAAACAGUAUCUUCAAUUGCUCGGCAUGUCAAUAAGGCUCUUCCUCCAUUUGAUACUAUUUGUACCGUUUUUCAGUUGGAGAAUGGUUGUGCUGGUGUCUUUGCAAUGGUUGUUUGGUCUGUUUCACCAAAGUUAACGUGGCGAGUAGAUGGCACAAAAGGAGCGCUGCAAAUUGAGCUUAACAGCCAGUAUGGUGAUUUCAUGGUUUCAUUUUUUUCAGCAGACGGGCAGUGUCAGACAAAUCGCUAUCCAAUGAUGGGAGUUAUUGAAGAUCUUAAAGCUUUUGUUCACGACAUUACUCAGGCUGCAAAUAAGGAUGCUGCUGCUGGUUUCAAACCAGAAGAGCGCCUUUCGUACAUUGAAGGUCUGAGAGAUCUUGCUGUACUCGAAGCAAUGAUUGAAUCAAAUGCAAACAAUGGAGCUCAAACAUUUGUGAAGAAAUUCUAGUUCUAGUCAUCAAGAUCAAGUAGCAUUCUGUAAUUUAGUAGUUUAUAUUUAAGUGUGGCUUUUGUGAUUGCAAUCAAUCUUUGAAGAAUAAAUUGUUGGCUUGAUGAAUGCCAAUCUUUGAUGUAUUCCUUGAUGUAUUUGGUGAACGUCACAAAUUUCAAUCAAUGACUUUAAAAAAUUUCAA